AUGGUUUCUGAUAUAAAAGCGUUUAUCAGAAAGAUUGAGUUUAGGGAACAAAACUUAAUCGAUUUCGAUAUAAGGCAUUUUUCUACAGUAAAUAUCAUGGUUUCAACGAAAUUGCAAUUUGUUAUUUCACCCUUCAUAAAAAUUGAUACCCAACAGUUAAGUAAUUGCAUUUCAAAAUGA